CUCCGCUGCCCCGGCCGCGGAUUUCCUCGUGGAGCGCGCGGCGGCAGCAGCUGGCUCCAAGGCUAGACUAGGCGCGUGGCAGCGGGCAGCCCCGGCCGGAGCACGGGUCGCACCUUCCUCGCCGCGACUUGCAGACUUGAUUAUCUGAAGAAAUGGAUACUUCUCCCUCCAAAAAAUACCCAGUUAAAAAACGGGUGAAAAUACAUCCAAACACAGUGAUGGUGAAAUAUACUUCCCAUUGUCCGCAGCCUGGGGAUGAUGGAUAUGAAGAAAUCAAUGAAGAUUAUGGAAAUUUUAUGGAAGAAAAUCCGAGGAAAGGCCUGCUGAGUGAAAUGAAGAGGAAAGGAAGAACUUUCUUUGGAACCAUGGAUUCCAGACCUCCACCCACAGAAGACCCAAUGGCCAAUGAAAUUGGACAAUUUCAGAGCUUUGCAGAAAAAAAUAUUUUUCAAUCCAGAAAAAUGUGGAUAGUACUGUUUGGAUCUGCUUUGGCUCAUGGAUGUGUAGCUCUCAUCACUAGGCUUGUUUCUGAUCGUUCUAAAGUUCCAUCUCUAGAACUGAUUUUUAUCCGUUCUGUCUUGCAGGUCUUAUCUGUAUUAGUCGUAUGUUACUAUCAGGAGGCCCCCUUUGGACCCAGUGGGUACAGAUUACGACUCUUCUUUUAUGGUGUAUGCAAUGUCAUCUCUAUUACCUGUGCAUAUACAUCUUUUUCAAUAGUUCCUCCCAGCAAUGGGACCACUAUGUGGAGAGCCACAACUACAGUCUUCAGUGCCAUUUUGGCUUUUUUACUUGUAGAUGAGAAAAUGGCUUAUGUUGACAUGGCUACAGUUGUUUGCAGCAUAUUAGGUGUUUGUCUUGUCAUGAUUCCCAACAUUGUUGAUGAAGACAAUUCUUUUUUAAAUGCCUGGAAAGAGGCCUUUGGGUAUACUAUGACUGUAAUGGCUGGACUGACCACUGCUCUUUCCAUGAUAGUAUACAGAUCCAUCCGGGAGAAGAUCAGCAUGUGGACUGCCCUGUUUACCUUUGGUUGGACUGGGACAGUCUGGGGAGUGUCUACUAUGUUUGUUCUUCAAGAACCCAUCAUCCCAUUAGAUGGAGAAACCUGGAGUUAUCUCAUUGCUAUCUGCGUCUGUUCUACUGCAGCAUUCUUAGGUGUUUAUUACGCCUUGGAUAAAUUCCAUCCUGCUUUGGUUAGUACAGUACAACAUCUAGAGAUUGUGGUAGCUAUGGUCUUACAGCUUAUAGUGUUACACAUAUUUCCUAGUGUCUAUGAUGUCUUUGGAGGGGUAAUCAUUAUGAUUAGUGUUUUUGUCCUGGCUGGUUAUAAACUUUACUGGAGGAAUUUAAAAAGGCAGGAUUAUCAAGAAAUACUAGACUCUCCCAUUAAAUGAAUACCUGAUUAUCUUGUUAAUGUUCAAUUAUUAUACGUACACUGCCAUUUUAAUGUUCACCUAUAACUGUCAUAAAUGUCUUUUGUGUUGUAUAAUUGACAGAGUGCUAUAUAAUAUAUAACUAAUAUGCAAAUGCAGAAAUGUUUAGUCUAAUAUAUUCAAAUACAAAUAUUAAAUAUGUGAAAUA